CUACGUACACGCAGCCACGAGUAUAACUUCUGCAUCGGCUAAGAUGUUUGAUGUUUCAAAGCCGUGACCAAUGGUCAGUGUUGGUCCAGACUGUGUGUGCGCAUGAACCAACUCGCUUCUCAACAGUUACUUUUUAACUGCAUAAAUAACAGGUCGUUAUCAUACGAAACGUUCACAAUGGCUCAACGCGAUGCAUUCGUCGUACUUUUGGCUUUGUUACUCGUUACCGGAUGCCUUUGCAGACCUAAAGAAGAUGGUAAUCAAGGAAACCCGGCUGACACUUCUGAGACUUCAGAAAUGUCAUCUCUAUUGUCGACAAGUAGAACGAGUAGAUUGCAAAAGCCCUCACAAGUGCUCAACAUUGGAUUCGACGAAAUUGUAGUGGAAUCCAACUUGCAAGUACACAGCCGAGUUGGCAGCAAAAACAAAUCAAAAAUAAUGCUUCCGUCAAAUACUACUGCUCAGGCCAGCAGUUCCAGAUCAUUAGAAAUUUAGACUGUAUAACUUAUUCGACCAUGCGUUCAAAGUAUAAUAAUUAAUUCUAUCGUAAUAGAUAAGUACCGGUUAACAUUGAAACAUUCUGACGUAUUUGUCUAUAAACUAACUACUGACUCAAUUACGUUUUAUUUAUCACUCCAUUCUAGCUAAUGACGCAUCUUAUUAGCAUUCAAUCGCACGUUUAGUGUACAUGUAAACAAAGGUAUAUUAGAAAUAAAUGGAACGGCAAUAGAUUAUAAUUAUGUGUACAAGAUUUUUAUAAUAUUUAUCAUAAAAAUUUUGUAUUUAAAAAAAAAUAAGAAUAGAAUUACAUUUUUAUCGUUAAACGCAUUUUCAAAAACACUCUUUAGUAUAUUUUGACGACAAACUAUCGAAUACAAUUUACUAUAAAACUGUUGAAUCUCCAACGACAAUAAUUUUAAUUAUUUUAAUUUAAAAUAUUUUAACUUAAUAUAAAAUGUCAUAUCUUAAUAUUAAG